UUAGUGGAUCAGAUUCAUGGGCAAGUGCAAGUAGAAAAAUGCCAUAUGAAUCCAAACUUCUUCACCUAAAUCUUUGAAUCUUCAGUGUCUUCUUAUGUUCUUCUAAAUGGCCCGCAACCCUCAUUAUAUAUUAUAUGAUAAUUUAUAUUAAUACUAACUAUUAUCUGUUUGUUUCUUACCUAUUUAAGGUUCCAUGUAUCCUAUAGGCGAAGCCGGGCUAAUAGCAUAUUUCACACAAAAUUUGGUUAUUUUGCACACUUAUUCACAGUGGAGUGCUUUCUGAUUUUUCCAUCAAAGAAGCUUCAAGCGUCUUUGUUUCAAUGACCCCGAGAUUGGAAUUCCAAGUUGAUGAAAUAGCUCAAAACAGUUUUAGAUAUGCUAGGCACCUAUUUAGUUGUAUGUCUAAUCAAAAUCAGAAGAGAAGCAUUCAAGAAGUGAGUGUCAUUGCUGAAGAUGCUGUAAAUGGAUUCAAGAAAUUGCUUAAGCUUCUUGAUGGAUCGAUGCAGCAGCCUGAUGGCAAGAGGAUCAGGAGGGGUCCUUUGCCAAAUUCCCAUAACAUAAAUCCAAUCCAAUUCAUGGAUAGCCCUGUCUCUUCUACUCGGAAUUCUGUUAACAACUCAAAUCAAAUACAACUAUUUAGACACCUAAUCCCUGUUCAUAGUGUAAGAUCAAAUGGUUCUUUCAUUCCCCACAAUGGCUUGUACACUCAGACUAAUAGUGUGGACUCAGUUAAAUUGUUGAACCAUUCUCUACAACAGCAUCAUCACAAAAAGAUGAUUCAUCACUCUCAUUCAACAUCAGAUGAGCCCUCCAUUUUAUCAUCCAAGAGCAAGACUAGCAUAGCAUGUGUAGCCUCAAACUGCUCCAGGCGAAGGAAGCUGAGAAUAAAGAGAACUGUAAGAGUUCCGGCUGUGAGCAAUAAACCAGGUGAUAUACCUCCUGAUGAUUAUAAGUGGAGAAAAUACGGACAGAAGGCCAUAAAAGGAUCUUCACAUCCCAGGAGCUAUUACAAAUGCAGCAGGAUAAGGGGCUGCCCAGCUAGAAAAUAUGUGGAACGAUGUGUGGAGGAUCCUUCCAUGUUGAUUGUCACUUAUGAAGGACACCAUAACCACUUGACAAUCGGCUGAACAUUCCAUUGCCUCUUCAUCUGUCAGGUUUAAAACUACCAUAUUCAACAUGUAUUAUUUAUCUUUGAGAAGUCGGUCUAGUUCAAGUAUGUUGGGCUUUGAUAUGAAGUCUUUGUGUUUGUUGAUGGGCUUUGUCCACAUGGAGGAUUGCAUUUUAGGUUGGUAAUGGAUUCAAUUUUCAAAAAAUAGAAAGAGGAGAUGGAUGAUUGAGAAAGUGGGGACACAAUUUUUUGCAAGUCAUUGGAUACUCUUUUAAUUGUUUAGUGGAAUGAAUGAAUUAAAAUCAUGGGAAAAUAGUUAAAA